GUUUGUAAACAAAGUCUGAGGGACCUGUGACAUCAAGUUCAAGUUUAAGAUAACUCCGCCGGGGAAUCGCAAGGAUGGCGAGUCUCGUGUCGACCUUUUUGCGUCGCUCCGGCAGCCUCCUCCGCUCCUCCUGCGUGGCACACCCGAGGGCGGCCUCAGGACUACAGCACACCCAGCCAUGCAGCACCAACACAGCCGCCUCAGCAUCCGUGGGAGGCAGCAAGGCACCCGAGGGAGAGAAUGUCGUCAGAGUGAGCAAGUCCAUGAAGGCGUACCAGGAGAGGGCCGAGGCACAUGACAAGUUCAUGGUGGAGCAAGUUGCAGAGUACGAGAUUGGGCGCCGUCACCUUGCAAACAUUAUGGGAGAGGAUCCGGAGACCUUUACGCAGGAGGAUAUUGAUGAAGCCAUCGCCUACCUCCUCCCCUCGGGCCUGUUUGAACCCCGAGCUCGCCCCGCCAUGAAGCACCCAAGUGAAGUGUUUCCCAAGAAGAAGGCGGCUGAGUUUGACAUCAGUGGCCGCCCCUUCCACCACCUCUUCUACACUGGAAUCCCCUCAUACUACCAGGCCUUGCACGAUUUGGGGAAGACUGUGAUGUCUCUGGAUCAGUUCUCUGAGAGGAUGUCGCAGUACAAGCUGAACCAGGACAGCGCCCAGGCCUUCAACACUGGCGGCUCGGAGUGGGUAUCCAAGGAAGAGCUGGAACAAAUUUUCGUCGAGAAGCUGCAGGACAAACAUUACAACUUCUUCAUCCGGGCCAUGACGAGACUUGUCGAGCACCCACACUCAGCCCGUGCCCAAGACUUCAUCAUGCGCUUCCGGAACAAGAUUGUGGACUCGCAGAAACAGGAAGAAAUCCCUAAGCUGAUGUACACCGCUGACGGCACUCCGUACAUGACUGGCGAGGGGAAGAGGAAGUGGGCCGAAGCUCACGUCACUGUGUACGGCCGAGGCUCAGGAAAGUUCGACAUCAACGGGGAGGACAUCCGGUGCUACGAGCUGAUCCAGGACAGAGAACAGUUGGUGUUCCCGCUGCAGUUCACGAAUCUGCUGGGGAAGGUGGAUGUGGUGGCCAAGGUCACAGGCGUAGGAUCAUCGGCCACCUCUGGGGCCAUCCGUCUGGCCACCUCGGUAGCCCUUCAGUCCUUCGUGGAUGAGAGUAUGAGGGAGAAGAUGAGGCUAGCUGGUCUACUAACAAGGGAUCGCAGGCACAGGGAGAGGAAGAAGCCUGGCCAGAAGGGUGCCAGGGCAAAGUACACCUGGAAGAAGAGAUAAGCGAGACCCAUACACAGGCACUAAGGGGAAAGGUGUACAAAGAUGAAGGGAGGUUGCGUAUGUAUGUAUGGAAAUCGCCGGGAAGAAAUGAUACUAUUGUCAAGUUCAUUUGAUACUUUCUCACUGUAUUUAAUGAACAAGAGUAAAUAUUUUAAUUUCCCGUGUUCUUAAAAACUACAAAAGGGCAAGUAGCUUACAUAGAUGGUGGCAACUGAUAAGAUUGUCUUGAUAAGUGAUAAGCCACUGGUCCAGGUGUGUGAGCAUUUGUAAACACCAACACUAAUGUAGAGUGUGAAGUGAUGAGAUAAGCGGCAAACUCGUUGACAACACAGUGGGAUGGGGGCACUGGGUACAUUUAGGGAACUCUGUAAAUGUUUUCUGUAAUAAAUAUUUGUUCUUGAUUUGAUUCAGUUUACUGUU